GUUCUUUUGCAAAAGAAACCAUUGACGAAGAAAUAAUUUCUUAUGCAUUAAAACCUGGGUGUAUACAGACUCUGAAACCAGAAGUUACGUUAUUCGCCCUCACUUGUUGUUGACACACCAAACAAGUGGGUUCACAAAAGUCUAUAAUAAAGCACAAUCUCGAACCGACUUGUUUGAUCUGCCAGGUGUCAAAGCAUCUGUACUUCUUAACUCCACGCUUCAACGACGCUACGACGCUCGUCUUUACCCCUUCCCCUACCGGCCCCAGGGAGAGCGAUUUCGACUUGCACUAUUCGAGUGCCGUUCACAUCGGCCGAUUUCGCCAGCAUACCCCAUUCGUACCGCUUCAAGCCCUGGUCAAAGUCCUUUACCCGCGUCUUCGUUUAUUCACUCUCGUGUUUUCCUUCAUUCACCAGGCGCAGCCAUCAUGCUACCUCCCAAUCCUUCAAGCAUCGACAACAACAACACGGAGAAGACGGAAAAUCCGGAGAAGUGCGCGAAGGAGAUUCCUGACGAUGAAGCAUACUCGAUCCUGGCGGCUUCAGAGGAGCCACCAAUCAUACCAUACAACGUCAAAAGUGGUGAUCCCCUUCCCAUCCCGGAUGGCCUUCCAGAAGAAGGAAAUCAAUUCACGUUUCGAGCAGUAGCAGUGGGCUGUCUUUUGGGAUCAGUGGUUCAAGCAAGUAACAUGUAUUUGGGCUUGAAGACAGGCUUCACUUUCGGCGCAUCUCUCUUCGGCGCACUAUUUGGUUACGCGUUCUUGAAACCUUUAUCCAAGUCAAAGUUUCCAAUCUUCGGUGGUUACUUUGGUCCCAAGGAAAAUUGUACGGUUCAAACAGCAGCUACUGCAAGUGGUGGAUUAGGCAUCUUGUUUUCUACCGGAGUACCUGCUAUGUAUCAGUUGGGACUAUUGUCCCCCAAUCCAAAAGAUGAUAUCGCCAAGUUAAUUCUGUUUGCCAUGGCUGGAGCUUUCUUCGGAAUGGCCUUUGCCAUCCCUUUACGGACACACUAUGUUUUACGCCAGAAAUUACUCUUCCCAACGCCCACCGCAACAGCCAUCGCAAUACAAAGACUUCAUUCAGGACCAGAGGGAGAAGAAACGGGGAAGAAACAAGUUCGAUGCUUGGGUCUGGCAUUCACCGGCUCAAUGUCUCUGCGCGUCUUGAGCCAGUAUCUUCCUGGAAUCGUAUGGAAAUGGCACUGGGGAUGGUGGCUGUAUCUCAUGGGCGCCAAACAAGCUGUUGGGAUCGAUAAUUGGACAUGGUACUUCGAAAUUACCCCAGCUUUCCUUGGUGUAGGAAUUCUAACCGGACUCAAUGCAUCAUUAUCGUUUUAUCUUGGCUCACUGCUUGCCUGGGGAAUAAUUGGACCGAUCCUAGUUGCCAAAAACAUUGCAUAUGGCUCGCAAAGAUUCCCGGACGUAUAUCCCGAAAUUUACGAUUAUCAAUCACUGAGUUCAUCGUUUACCACCGCCACACAUCCGUCGGCAAGGUAUUGGCUUUUAUGGCCGGGAGUCUUACUUUUAAUCGUCUCAUCCUUUACCGAGUUGGGCUUGAAUGGAAAGAAGAUGGUCAUGGGGAUCUGGGAAAUCGCUCGGACCGCUGUCAAUACGGUCUUUCAUCUGAAGAAGAAAACCGACAACGCCUCGCCUGACGAUCAAGACACAUUGAAGGAUCCUGCUGCUGGAAACCUUGUGCCGCCAGUCGCCUGGGGGUCACUUCUUGUCCUGUCAAUCAUCUUGACCUGUCUGGUCAUGAAGCUCAAAUUUCAAGUUCAACUAGGAAUCACCCUUUUGGCGAUUCUUCUGGGAUUCUUAUUUUCGUUUAUCGGUGUCCAAUCUUGUGGUGACACAGACAUCAACCCAAUCAGUACUUGUGCAAAAGCUUCUCAGCUCAUCAUUGGUGGUGCCACACAUACGUAUGCAAUUCCUAAACAUGCUCUCACAGUCAAUCUUCUAUCGGGUAUGAUUGCAGGGGCUGCUGCGAACCAGACCACGGAUAUGGUUGGUGAUCUACGAGCCGGACAUCUACUGGGCGCCAGUCCAGCAAACCAAUUCUACAGUCAAUUUGUCGGAUCAUUCUUUGCCAUAGUUCUUGCACCCUCACUGUUUGUUUUAUUCAGCCAAGCGUAUCCAUGUAUCAUCGAUUUGGAAGCCAAGACGUGUGAAUUUGGGGUGCCUUCAGUUGGAGCAUGGAGAGCAGUAGCAACAGCAGUGACAGCUAAAGGAGACCUACCCAUCCCCAAGUCGUCGGCCAUCUUUGCUGUCGUCAUCUCCGUAGUCGGCAUGAUUCUGACAGUCGUCAAAUACAAAGUCGUCCCUCGAAGCAAGCGGAAAUUCAUCCCCAACAUGAACGCCGUCGGACUCGGAUUUGUCGUGAAUUUUACGGGCUAUGCCAGUGCAAUGGCUUUGGCUUCCAUCCUCACUUACUUUUGGAAGAAAAAGUUCAAUCGUACCUACGACAUCUAUGCAUAUUCCCUUGCAGCUGGAUUGAUGUCAGGAGAGGGUCUGGGCGGUGUGCUGAAUGCCUUGUUUUCAGUAGCAGGGAUUGGAGGCAAGAAAUAUGGUUCAAGCGCUCUUUGCCCUGGGAAAUCAUAUUGCGGUUGAAAACAAUAUCCUAAUUAUCAAGCAGAGGGAGAUUGAUUGAGACACUUCUUAAACGUUUUAUACCCAUCAAUCAAUCCAGAAUACACCCAUACAUGCUGAUUGUUGAGACAGUACCAAAUGUCGUAGAAUUCUUGUUUUUGAAUUAUUUUCUCUUGGUAGCAUCUCCAAUGCGUUAAUUUUUCCCCCUUGAAUAUACCUCGAACUCAGCGACUUGUAACAGAUAUUUAGUGCUUACCCUUGCGGGUAAAAGUGACAGAUAUGUUAUACUUAUCCGUGUUUUCUUUUGAUACUCAUUCAAAUUUGGCAAUCCUGGUUUUGUUUUGUAUUAUUUAUUCUGAAUUGAUUCUUUAUAUCCCGUCUUGUCAGAAAUGAUCACAAACAAUUCUGGUUGAGUUUAUUGUUCAAGAGGAGCUCACUCCUGGC